AUGGGGACGAAUAGUAAUAAUAAUAAUAAUACUAAUAAUAAUAGAAAUAGUAACACUUUUAGCAGAAAGAAGGGAUUGAUACACGGGUACCUGUUACUGUACAACUUGAUACAAUCGCUCGGAUGGACCGCAGUUUUAGCGAGCGCACUCAGAGCAGUUUUGUUGCCCGCCUCAUCAAAUUUUGGACGCACCACCAAUUGGCAGGAGAGAUUGACGACGGUGUACGACCACUCGUCGAUGUUCGUCAAACCGUUCCAGAUUUUAUCUCUGAUGGAAACUUUGCACGCUGUAUUUGGUUUUGUUCGAUCGCCGGUACUUCCGAGCGUCUUGCAAUGGAUGGGUAGGACGCACGUUUUAAUGUGCGUGACCGAUUCUGUUAUUCCCUUGCAAAAAACAACCGCCGCGGGAGUGUUGAUUUUAUGUUGGGCUAUAACUGAGUGCGUGAGGUACCCGUGCUAUGCGUUGGGGAUUUUGAAUGCCACUCCAAAGUGGCUGCUCUAUUUACGGUACACGCUUUUCAUUCCGUUGUAUCCUUUAGGGGCAGCCUCGGAAAUGAAACUGAUGUACGAUUCCAUCGGUUUCGUCAAACGCGUGGAGAUGUAUUACGUGCACAUGCCAAACGUUUUAAACUUUGCGUUUGAUUAUUCGUGGUUCUUGUAUCUCGUGUUGGUGGUGUAUCCGUUCAUGUUCGCGCAACUGUAUUUUUACAUGUUCCAUCAGAGACGACGGAAGUUAAAGACGAAGAAAGCGUGA